CCAUGGUGUUGGAUUAGCUCAGCCUAAUGGCAAUUUCCUCCUCUGUAAACAACAUUAGCUGUGUGGGCCUAAUGCUGCCUUCUAAAUGAUCGUCAGUACAGUAUUUCAUAGCCACAGCUGGGUACAUUUGUGUUAGAGGUAACGUCAUCUAAAGCAGGCAGAGCUGAGACAACGCAAGGUAACCAGUGAUGGGUGCGGCUGCGCGUGACGUGCUGGCCGCCCUGCUGGAGGGGGUGUUCGCCAGCGGAGACGUCCAGACCACCACGCUGGCCUUCAGCAUCGCCUGCUCGCUGGGGUUCUCCGUGGCGUGCCUGCUGAUUGGGCUGGUUUACGGGCGACAGAGCCCCCGACGACAGCGCCCGGUACGGACCAGCAGCUUCAGCAGCGGGGUGUCUGGGGUGCCGUCGGUGGUUAGUAAGAGGAUAGUGCUGUGUAAGAAGUCGAGUUCUGCUGAAGGGAGGCACCUCCUGCAGCACCAGCCUGUGUUCCUCACAUGUCGGGAGCAGAGGAGGGAGCACAGGAAGUGUUCCAGGUGUGAUUCAGCUGAUGCCACUCAGAGCUGCAGGUACAGAAGAUGUUUGUUGUGUUGCCGUGCCAGUAAACAGUCCAUCUGCGAUGUACACGGCACGGCGGUGAUGGCUGUACAGAACAUCGUGGAAGGGGCGUGUGAGGACAGACCCACUGAUCUGGACCUCAGCUACCUGGGCCUGCACAGCUGCCCUGACAGGAUCGGGUUUGUGGGAGCGCAGCUGACGUGUCUGAACCUGUCCAACAACCGGCUCCACCAGCUGCCUGACGACAUCGGCUGUCUGCGCGGCCUGGAGGAGCUGUACAUACAGUAUAACUGUCUGGAGGAGCUGCCGGUCAGCAUUGGUAACCUGACCAAGCUGACAGACCUGGACUGUAAGAACAACUCCCUGCGGACCAUCCCGCUCACGGUGGGGAACCUCUCUGCGCUCACCUGCCUCAACGUCACCAACAACGUGCUGCAGCGCCUCCCGGCAGAACUGGGCAGACUUACAGAGCUGGAGGAGAUCUGUGCCCAUUCCAACCAGCUAGUUGAGCUACCCGAUGAACUGUGCAACCUGACUAACCUUACUGAGCUGUACCUGGGAGAGAACCGUCUGCAGCAGCUGCCUCAGGACAUGGGGCGCCUGGUACGCCUGGAGGAGCUGGACGUGUCCUCGUGUGAACUCACUCACCUGCCCGACUCCCUGUCCAGGUGUACCUCUCUAGUCAGACUCUGGCUGUCCAACAACAGACUACGUUACCUGCCUGACCAGCUGGGCCGGCUGCAUCACCUGAAGGAGCUCCAUGUCAGGAACAAUGACAUCAUGUACUUCCCAGCAUCCCUGUCCUACCUGCAGCUGUACACCUUCUCUGCCAACCAGAACCCCCUAAUAGAGGAAUGGGAUAACCGGUUGACCUCUGCCCUGAUCAGAGUGCCCACCGACCCCUUACCGAGUUUGCUGGAACUGGCUGCUCGCACUGUCGCCAGGCAAAAUAUCACCUGGGGCAAGGGGGACCUACCACUGGACUUGGAAGUGUUGCUGCAAUGCAGGAAGCAGUGUUCCAGCUGCGAGGGUCCGUUCUUCUCCUACUUCAGCUCGCAGGUGUUCUUCAGCAAUGUGGGGAUGUUUCACAGGGUGCCGCUGUACCAGCAGGUCUGCUCACCCUACGUCAAUGCACACUGUCAACCUGUCCACGCCAGGUAGGGGGCCUCGCUGCAAUGGCAGUCCACUGGAGGAAUUACUAACUACCCCAUGUGAAAAUGGGAAACAUAGAAACUGGGCAUUGCAUGUUUCAUGAAGAUACUUGCUUUGGAUAUCAGCCUCAAAGGGGCAAAGUCAACUGUUUUUAAAAGAAGUAUUAAGCAAUGACAAAAGUUUCUCAUACAGAGA